AUGUCGGCUGCACCCAACGACAGCACCAACAGUAAACUCCCGCACCAACAGCAAUACGCUUCUCGACCCAGUACCGCUCAUGCCACGACCGCGCCGCCUUCUGCUCUGGCCAACUUCUCGCGCCCUCAACCUCGCCAGUCCAUCGAUGCUCAGCUGCGCAUGACCUCGCCGCCUCCACCCCUACCCCCACCGACUGCCCCUCCAUCCAUACAUCACCGUGGCCGACAACACUCACAAGGCUUCUUCGAACCUUCUCUACCGCAUGCUUCGCAUAUGCCCGCAUCCCAAAUCGCUGCUCAAGCUGCUAUGCAUCACCUGCACAACUCGACCCAAGACCGCAAACGCCCCAAUCCUCCCUUGCAGCCCAUCAACGUCGCUGCCACUCGUCUCGAUCGUCGCAUAGCCUCUCCUACCACAUUAAGCCCACCUCCACUGCAUUCAAACAACAUAGACAGUAGAAUCGCUGCCACCACUGCUGCCAACGUCGCCUUCCCUCGAAGUCCAGGUCCAAUGCCUUCACCCCACGCUCUGACUGCUGAUCAACCCGUCUCUGCCCCUCCCAUCCCACCACCUGCUGAGACAAAGGUCAAGGAGCGCUCCAAAAUGAAGCUGUUUCACAAGCCAAAGAGUAUUGGCAUCACAAAGGACAAGGACCUGGACAAGAAGGCUGCACCAGCCCUGCCCUCUCCAAACCGUGGUCUGCUACGCGCUGGUUUCGCAAAUGCUUCCAUGACCAGUCUGAAUGACCCGACCUCAUCUGCUGCUGCCUCUGUUUAUUCUUCCGCAAACACUUCGACUUCCACUCUGGUACCUGUGACCACGACUGCGACAGCCACCGUCGAGAAGAAGGAGGACAAGGAGAAACAUAGANCAUCAUUUCUUGUCGAGGCAAAACAAAAGGACCGCGGUGCUCUACCUUUGUCCUCGGCUUCAUCCAAUUCUACCGCUGUGGAUCCUAAUGCGCCACAGUCCUUGUAUUCGUUUACUCCACAGUCUCCUGGUUUCUCCAAAUCCGUCAGUGGUUUAGAUUUGCGCCAUGGCGGGCGUGCCUUGCGAGAAAAGAAGAAGGAGGAAAAGGCUGCUGCCGCUGCAGCUACCAAUCUGACGCCAACAAUGUCAAAUACUUCUGGCAACCUGCUUCGGGACGACUCUAGAAGUGAUUUUAUGGUUUCCAGUAGCUUGGACUCGGUCUCAAUCCUCGGCCCUCCUAGCAGCAAUUCUCUGUUUUCAUCACCCUUGUACGAAUCACAGCCCACAAUGUCUGCUGCUGCUUUCAACAAUCUAGGCAACAGUAUGGGUCUCAAUGGUAUCACAGCUGAUGAUGCUUGGCCUUUGCUCAAAGCAAGAUUGUUAAACAUCUUCUCGGGUGAGGNNGAUCUACGGACGCCAAUUGAAGAUUUCAAUUUGCUGGUGUCUGUACAUAUAAGAAGGUGUAUCCAAAAGCGCGCCCCGGUGGUUCUGGUUGAAGAUCUGAGGGAACUGCUUGCGACUGGAUUCUCUUCACUUGCGCAAACACUACACAGAGUUCCCGACGAACGGCUCGUAACGCGCCUCGUCGCCAUCUGGCAGACAACUUUCAGCUCUAUACUACCCUUCAUCCAAGCUGUCUUCUUACCACUGGAUCUUGAGUUUCGUGGUCACGGCAGCAUAAUGAGCGCAAGAGAGGCUCAAGAAUUCUGGGGUGCUUUCGUGCCUGCCGAAAUGCCACCACCAAUUACACGAAAGCAAUCAUCUUCAUUCGACGAGCUUAGGCCGAAUAGUUCUGGAGGCGCGACGAUAACAAGUAACACAUCGAAUCGUAUGCCUGGGCUCGGAGAGGAAUUGGACGUGCGUCGCAUCGCCUUGAUCGUGUUCCGCGAUGUGGUAUUACUCCCACGCCAUGAGACGCUGCUUGCGAUUUUUUCGCGGUUAUCGUUAGACAGCAUAAACACUGCUGCUGUAUCCAGUAACCCAUCGUCGUCACCACCAAUAUCUGGCAGCCGGGGGCGAGGCUUCUCCAGUUCGGCAGCAGGAGGGGCAGAAAGACCAUCGACAGGCGGCUCAUUGUCUCCACGACUAGGAAGCAGUUACAACAGCAAUGCAAACUACCUCGACAGCGGCAACACAACCAUAGUCUCCAGCCCGCCGACGCAACACAGCCGUAGCCGCGCAACUUCCAACACUUCUGCUGGUAGCUUCGGCACGUCUCUCCCUCACAGCACAUCGCAUCAUCCGACCGCCUCCAUCGGCAGUGUGACCUCAGCUCCCGCCUUCUCAUCCUCAUUUUCUCCGGAUCCGUCAGGCAGGCCACCAACCUUUGCGGAUCCUGCGCAGGUUACGCAAACUGUGGCUAGGAUGUUGCAAUGUGUCAGUGUUGUUGCAGGAGCACAGACUGGAGAUCAGAGUCAAGCUGUCGUGGAAAGACUGACGAGGGAAUUGAAGUACAACUGGUUGGGAAGAGGAAGAACAGGUAGACAGAGGAGGGGUUGGGUUGGUGUCAAAGGANAAAAUACUGGAAGUAUAGGCCAAGGACAGGGGCAGAUCAACGGGUUGGGUGUUGUGGGGGCUUGA